GUUUGCCACUACAGUUCCUUCCGUUGCAGGCUGCAGAGUCGGGCCAGGUGGAAGGCGCAUUCCGGAACGCACAGUCACUUCCAUGUUGAGACCUACUGCAAACUUAUUUUAGAUGACGGCAGUCAGGAACGUCCGAUUAGGUAGACGAUGCAGUGGCAUUCACCGCCCUUUUCCCUGAAUGCUGCGCUGCGUUUGGCCUUCUACCCACCACCUCGCGCAAUAAUUCUCUUCCCAAACCUUUUACCCCCUAGGUAUACCAAUUUCAUGAUCUCUCGGGGUUACACGAGCAAGCAUUCACCAUUGUUGAUGUUCGUGUAAUGAAUGUCUCAAGCCCUUGCCCAGAAAAGAUUCCCUCGCCAUCGCAUUGGAACAUCCCAGGUCUGUCCUGCCACCUCUCCUCAACGGGAACAGAGGACGAUCCUUUAUCGACCGAUGCUUCUCACCCCCAGCGCUGUGCUCGACAUCUCCGAAUUCACGAAUCAACGUGUGGGACCUGACUUUGUACAAGAGGUUCACCUCAGCUACGGUCCAUUACCGAUGAUUUGAAAGCGAUUAUUCAUUAUGUGUGUGCAGGAGAUUUCUCCACCAUACCGUUCUCGUGGACAGUCUCGUGUCGAAUGUCGCCAGUGGGCCGGCCUGGCCUGGCCGCCGAGUAUCAACACAGCGCAUAUCAAGGCACCAUCCCAAAAUCGUCACCUCCCGUCUGCUGGUGCAGCGGCUCUACCUGCCGGCCUACGAUGCCGCAUUGAAACUGUCGAGUUAUCUCGGUCCACCUCGUAUUGGAUGAAGAUUGUUCGGAAAGCUCCCCCGCUCUGUCCACUCAUGCCCAGGACUGCCUCUAUGCAAGAUCCGGGGAGACAAUAACCUUGCCUAAAAGGCCCAUACUCUUUGACUCAGCGGAUUUUGGUCCACCACUACCAACAGAAGCGUCUCGUCGGUUCUUGGCCUUGGGGAACCAACAACACAGUCUUGAUACUCCCUGGCCGGGAUUCAGAGACAAACGUAUUCAAUGACAGCAGGACAGUCCAGCCCUGGUUUGUUUGUUUGUUAUUUCAGUACAGAAAAGCCAAAGUUUUACUGAUUAUGAAGACUAACAGAUUUUGGCUUUCUCUCAAGCGUUUCACCUGGUCUUAAAAGCCUAUCUUUUUGUCUUGAAGGCCUGGAAAGAGAUAGAGAGAGAGAGAGAGAGGCAUUAGGGGAUUGAUACCCAUCACAGGUUUCUGUGGCCUCACAAACCCUUGUAAUUGUCCUAUAUCGUCUCUGUGGGGGACAGUUUCUGUCUCUUGAAAGGGAAACAAGCGCUCCGACUUCACUGUUCGACCCAUGAUCCAAGUACCAAACCAGGAAAGCCCUCGCUGACGGAUGCCUGGAUGAUGAUACCUCGUGCCUCGUCCUCUUCCAAGUCUUGCAAGAUCACAAUCAAUGUUGGUUGUCUUCCAUAGCGGAAAAAUGCGUCCGGAGACAUCCAAUGUUUAGGCGGUACCGCCUCGACUUCCAAUGUUGAAAGCCCUAUAGUAUAGUGGGUAAGUGCUAUGAAAAGAUUUUAGGAGAAAAAAAAAGGAAAACAAAAAAAAAA